UGGCUCGGCUCGUCUCCGCUCGGCUCGUCUCCGCUCGGCUCUGCGCCCGCCCGACUUCCCAGCGGCCCCGUGCGGCCCGGGCAUGCCCAGUGCGGGCGCAGCGGCCCCGGCCCUGGGAGCGCCCGGGCGGCAGCUGGCGGCCGGGCGCGGAGGGGCCAGGAGGAGACGAGCGGGCCCGCGGUGGGCGAGGGGCCGGGCGGCGGAGCGGCCGGGUCCUUCAUGAUGAAAGAUUCUGAGACGCUUCUCUCUCCUCUGUGUAGUUGGUAGUUUGGGUGGUGAAGAGAUGGCUGACAGUGUCAAAACCUUUCUCCAGGACCUCGCCAGGGGAAUCAAAGACUCCAUCUGGGGAAUUUGUACCAUCUCAAAGCUAGAUGCUCGGAUUCAGCAAAAGAGAGAGGAGCAGCGUCGAAGAAGGGCAAGCAGCGUCCUGGCGCAGAGGAGAGCCCAAAGUAUAGAAAGGAAGCAAGAGAGUGAGCCGCGUAUCGUUAGUAGAAUUUUCCAGUGCUGCGCUUGGAAUGGUGGAGUAUUCUGGUUAAGUCUCCUAUUGUUUUAUCGAGUGUUUAUUCCUGUACUGCAGUCAGUAACAGCCCAAAUUAUUGGUGAUCCAUCACUACAUGGAGAUGUUUGGUCGUGGCUGGAGUUCUUCCUUACAUCCAUCUUCAGUGCUCUUUGGGUGCUUCCUCUGUUUGUGCUUAGCAAAGUUGUCAAUGCCAUUUGGUUUCAGGACAUAGCUGAUCUAGCAUUUGAGGUGUCAGGGAGGAAGCCUCACCCAUUCCCUAGUGUCAGCAAAAUAAUUGCUGACAUGCUCUUCAACCUUUUGCUGCAGGCUCUUUUCCUCAUCCAGGGGCUGUUUGUGAGUCUCUUUCCCAUCCACCUUGUUGGUCAGCUGGUUAGUCUUCUGCAUAUGUCCCUUCUUUACUCACUGUAUUGCUUCGAAUAUCGUUGGUUCAAUAAAGGAAUUGAAAUGCAUCAGCGGUUGUCAAACAUAGAACGGAAUUGGCCUUACUAUUUUGGAUUUGGUUUGCCCUUGGCUUUCCUCACAGCAAUGCAGUCCUCGUAUAUUAUCAGUGGCUGCCUCUUCUCCAUCCUCUUUCCUCUAUUCAUCAUCAGCGCCAACGAAGCUAAGACUCCUGGCAAAGCAUACCUUUUCCAGUUGCGCCUCUUCUCCUUGGUGGUUUUCCUGAGCAACAGACUUUUCCACAAGACGGUCUAUCUGCAGUCUGCCCUGAGUGGCUCCACCUCGGCCGAGAAGUCCCCUUCACCUCACCCGUCUCCUGCCAAACUGAAGGCUGCUGCAGGCCACUGAGUCUGCCGUCCAGAGGGGACGGGUGGGGUCGGGAGGAGGCUGUAAGGGACUCCUUUCCGUGUCACCUCCUCUGCCAGAGAAGGCACGACCCGCUCUGCCAAGGGCCCUCUGCAUAUUCCCUUCUCUCGGAGGAACUGGGAGCCUUGUCUGUGGUGCGCGUAAGGCAGAAUCUUCCUGACACCAGUGUGUGGGUUUUUAACACCGGUGGGUCCGACUGGACCACGGGUUUUUCUGCAGCUCUUUUCUAGCACUUGCCAGCCCCCCCGGGCCUGGACUGAUUGGAAUACUUUUUUUCUCCCUGUGCCAUUUACCCUCCUGACUCCCCUUCCUGCCUUCCACCGCCCUCUGGAUGAAUGGAUUUUGUAAUUCUAGCUGUUGUAUUUUGUGGACCUGUUAUUUUUGUGUUGUUUUUCUGUGAAGCACAUAUAUUGGAUGUGGGAGGCGAAGGAGCAUCUCAUUAGCUCCUGGUCACUCCCUUUAUAGCCAUCACUGUCUUGUUUCUUGUAACUCGGGUUUGGUUUUAGUCUCUCUUGCUCCACUGCAAAAAAAAAAAAAACAAAAAAAAAAACGAAGAGAUGGGACAGGAGGAAAGACCUCACAGCCACAUCUGCUGGGUCUUGAGCAGUGAGUUUCUUCCCCUUGAAGGGGACAAAGCUUUUCUCCCCACUGGUACAUUGAAAGUUCCCCAGCUGUAGGGAGGUGCCAGUUUCGGACAAGUGCCACACAGCACCAACUGCUCAGAGAACCUGUGCUUUGAACUCGGGAGGGCCGAAGUGUGCUGCUGGCCGCUGCCGGGCACAUCAGAGGAAUCCUGGCUGCUGCAGAUAGGAACCGAAGGGGUAAACUUAUUAAACCCAUGAAGCCUGUGGUUGGUUGGUGUUUUCCUGUCAUUUUAAAGAGACUAAAUAUGGGGGAGGGGAGAUGUCACAACAGUUGUCCAGUUUUAAAAUGUCACAAUUAAACGUGAGCUGGUUUCCAA